CUGCUCUCUAGUUACAGUAUGGCGGCUGGGACUUGCGGAGGAGGACAACUUCUUCCAGAUUCCUUCCAGAAAACUGCAGAAAGGCGACGGCAGUAACAUCGAACCACUGCAACAAACACAAGCUGGACUGCGACAGACAACGACAGCGUAACUUGUGGCUUUUACCGAGGCUUUUCCCGGAAGAUAAUCGCGCUGGUGUGAUGCGUGAGGACCCGCAGUCCAGAAACUCCCCUGAUUUUUCCGCGUCUGUUUCUGCCCCGACUGUCAGUUAGCCGGCUAGCUGCUAGGUAGCUCACCUUCAUGCUAACGCUCGCUUGCAGGGCACUCCGGUAGGCAAAAGUCAGGCUAGCCUGCUGCUUUUAUUCGCCUCAGGAGACAGGGAUGGCAUAUCGCAUCCAUUCGGUAAGCGAGCUGGUUGAGAAGGGCGGGGAGAAAACAUUUGAGGACCUGGAUGAUAACUUUGUCAGCACUCAUUAGCCUAGCCUAGCCUAGCCAGAAACCGUUGGCCGAGAGUUAGCGCUUCGCCUGUCCACUAGCGAGCUAGCCAAUUAGCAUUUUAGUUGCACAAGACGACCUGCUAAUCCUCACUUCAUUCCGGCGUGUGUUCUUACUAAUUCAGACACAGAGUGGGCACUGGACCGCUGUAGUUUGUUAGUUGAUCUUGACUGUUUGAUAACUCAGGGAUGUUUUGUCGGCGUUCAGACGUGCUAGCGGUUCUGUAGGUGUUCUCUGGAGGGAGUGGUAACGGUAGGUAGCUAGCUAAGGUAGGUUCCCUGUAUCAGGGCAACAAGGUCACUCAGAUUAUGACAGGCUGUAAAUGACACAUAGAUUACAGGUGACACUUUACGGAACGACAGAUAUGUGCAAACCGACUGCAGUGUUACACGGUGGGGUGUGCGCCUGUUAGCCUGCUGCAAGACAUGACAACACAGCUUUAAAGCGCGCAAUCAUCUGAUUAAACUGCCCCAGAUAUACAGCCACUGCUAGAUAGUUGGCUGUAUUGAUCACUACUCUCAAGUAUUGGUGUGAGGGCCUGAAGAUCCAGUCUGGAAGCUAACUGGUUUCACCCCUCCUGCUCCAGUGCUGGACCAGUUUGAUGGACGUGGGGGCCUGUUGGCCAGGCUGUCAGAGCUAUACUCAGUCAUGUAUGUCUUGACACAUGGUAUCGUGGUCUGUACAUAGUGCCUGCUGUCAGAUAUCAGUGUCGUUAUGUAGCUUUGGUGGACAGUCAAUGAAAGGAAUGUCUUGUCUUUUUUAUACCUGUUUUGUUUUUUAUUUUGAUUUCUUUUCAAGCACGAGAGAGUCUUGUUGAAUCAGAGUGGUGCAGCCCAGGCUGUGCACAGUGGACAAUGUUCAUCAGUUAGUGCCUAGAAGACUAGAGGACUAACAUUUCUGCCUGCAUUUAGGCCACAGAUAUUGUAGAUUAUUCAUUGGGGAUUGCAACAGAACUCCGCCACUCUGGAUCAGGAAAACGUGUCCCUUGUGUCUGGUUGGAGUAAUACUCUCAAGCCAAAAUCAAUGCCUUCAGCGCUGGCUGUGUUCGCUUGCCGACCCAACUCGCACCCAUUCCAGGAGCGGCAUGUUUACCUGGAUGAGCCAGUCAAGAUCGGCAGGUCGGUGGCUCGGUGCCGCCCGGCCCAGAAUAACGCCACCUUCGACUGUAAGGUGCUGUCCAGGAAUCAUGCCCUGGUAUGGUUUGACCAUAAGACCGGCAAGUUCUACCUGCAGGACACUAAAAGCAGCAACGGGACGUUCAUCAACAGCCAGAGGUUGAGUCGCGGCUCAGAGGAGAGUCCACCCUGCGAAGUCCUCUCCGGCGACAUCAUUCAGUUUGGCGUCGACGUCACUGAGAACACACGCAAAGUCACUCAUGGCUGCAUCGUGUCAACAAUCAAACUCUUCCUACCUGAUGGGAUGGAGGCACGCCGACGAAGCGAUGUCAUCCAGGCUCCGUUACCACUGCCUGUAGACAAGGUUGCAGCCAACACUCCCAGCAUGUAUUCUCAGGAACUGUUCCAGCUCUCCCAAUAUCUACAGGAGGCCUUACACAGAGAGCAGAUGUUGGAGCAGAAGUUAGCCACUCUGCAGCGUCUGUUAGCCACCACACAGGAGGCCUCAGAGAGCAGCUGGCAGGCUCUGAUCGAUGAGGACCGUCUGCUCUCCAGGCUGGAGGUGAUGGGCAGUCAGUUACAGGCUUACUCUAAGUCCCAGACGGAGGAAGGGAUCCGUAAAGAGCUGUUGGCUCUUCAGGAGGACAAACACAACUACGAGACUACAGCCAAGGAGUCUCUGAGGAGAGUCCUGCAGGAGAAGAUUGAGGUGGUCAGGAAGCUGUCAGAGGUGGAGCGUUCGCUCAGUAACACAGAGGACGAGUGCACCCACCUGAAGGAGAUGUCUGAGAGGGGUCAGGAGGAGCUGAGGGAGCUCGCCAACAAGUACAACGCUGCCGUCAACGAGAUCAAAGAGCUCACUGACAAAAUUAAGGCGGCGGAGGGUCGGCAGGAGGAGCUGACCCAGCGGGGGGCGACAGAGAAGAGGGAGUUGGAGCUGCGGAUCGAGGAGAUGGAGGAGAAGGAGCAGGUUCUCCAGGCUCGCAUCGAGGCUCUGCAGGCCGACAACGACUUCACCAACGAGAGGCUCACAGCCCUGCAGGUGCGGUUAGAACAGCUCCAAGAGAAAAGCAUUAAAGAGAACAACAGUCUGGAUGUCAACAUUGUCUCCCACGAACCCGUAGAGGAGCCUGUGGAGGACAAACAGAGCCUGCAGACACCUGAGGGCCAGGAAGAAGACGAGGAUGAGGAGGAUACAGACACCGAUGAUGGUGCAGUUGGUGAAGAGGAAGAUAUUGAUGGUAACAACUGUCAUGUUAACAACAGCGGAGGAGACUCGACUAGAAUCCAGCAGUUGAUUGAGUGUCCGCCCGUCAAACAGCUGAAGGAGACUGUGAGUUCUUCCAUCCACAAGCUAGCUAACUUUGAUGAAGUGAUGGAUGCUCACUUACAGAACAACCAGUCUGCAGAAGACGACAUCCUUGCCAGCCCUGAUCGACUCAAAGGGAAUCAGAUGGAUGCCAAAGAGUCAGACAUGUCCGACACUCUGAGUCCCAGUAAAGACCGCAGCAGUGACGACACGUCAGACGGUAACAUGGACGACCAGGAGCUGAAUGAACCACAGAACAGAGUAGCACUGCUCAAAGCUGAGCUGCAUCGGGCCGGUCUAGAGCCUGGAGACACAGAGCAGGUCAUCCACCAUCUCCACAGAGAGCUUCUGGAGGCCCAGGAAUUAGCCAACACUGGCAAGCAGAAAUGUCUGGAGCUCCAAGCUCUGCUGGAGGAGGAGAGGAGGAGUAACUCCAAGCUGACUGAGGAGUCGACCAAACAGAUCCAGUACCUGCAGACUCAGCUCGGGAAGCUGCAGACUGACAUGGAGGCGCUGAGGGAGCAGAGGGAGAGCACCAUCUGCAGCACCAGAGAGGAGCUCUACUCCGCCCAGGAGGAGAUUCUUGUCCUGCGACACACCAUGGAGGCGGCCACGGCGGAGCGUGAGCGUGAGAUCGCUGUCCUGCAGUCAGACCUGGGCAGCGUUCGCUCUGAGCUGGAGCACUGGAGGAACACGGCUACCAAAUAUGAGGAAGAGAUCAGCCGACUGCAGGAGGCCUUCACACAGCAGCAGCAGCAGCAGAACACAGCCAGCCAGCUGCAGGAAGAGUGUGUUGUGUUGCAGCAGAGGUGUGUGUGUUUGCAGCAGGACUGUGACAGCCUGAGAGCUGAACGGCAAACUCUCACAGACAAACUGAACCGCCUGGAGGCUGAGCUGAGCAGCACCAGGGAGCAGAGUCUGGUCCUCAGCAGCAGUCUGGAGUCUCUGGAGAAGAGGGAGGAGGUUUUGCAGGACAAACUGGGUUCACUGGAGAAUCAACACCUGCAGGACGCAGGUCGACUGAAGAGCCAGCUGGACCAGGCCCAGGCCCGCACACACACGCUGCAGAGAGAGUAUGAAGACACACAGUCCCAGCUGCUCGACCUUCGUCAGCGCUAUGAGAAGACAGAGCAGGAGAAGCUGAACAUCCACCAGGAGCUGGAGCAGUGCAGGAGCAACCUGAAGCUGCUGCAGGACAAGACCAGCUCUCCAUCCAUAUUGCAGCCUGUCCAAGCCAUAUUCAUGGGCCUUGUCCUGGCUCUGCUCUACUGGUGUUUCGGCCAGUUGUGGUAGAAAGAGUGGCUGGAGCCCCUGGAUGCCGGUCAUCGCAGUGAUGGUCGCUGUGACGGCAGCCGUCCUCUACCCGAACCUCUCCAAGAGCAGCUCCACCUGAGACACGACCACGGCGCUGCGAGGAGAGCAUCACUGCUUUACUUGUAUAAAGUCUAAUUGUACAUAAUUGUAGAGGGAAUAUAAAGGUUGUGGUUUCUACAGAGGACUCAGAUGCUUCUUGGUUUAUUUUGAUUUCCUUUAGUUUCUCUGUGAGUGGGGGGUUUGUUUUUAUCCUUGGCUCUCUCUCGGCUGUGGUGGGGGCAUUUUGGUUUCCGUCUCUCUGCUGAUUUCUGGGAAGCGUUGUUCUCCAGCAGGCUGCUGAGCUUCCAUGCUAAACUAAACUACAAAAACCAGAUGUGACGUUCCCACCAGGCGAGCGUGGAGCUUUCCAGCAGCCUCAGUGCAGGUGGAGGAAGACGAUCGUCCUUCAUCACUGAAGGAAAGGUUUAAAGACGCUACAGAUGGUGUUUAUCUGCAGCCGUCAGCAGCACAGCUCCACGUUCAGCUUUAUUUCACUCGUUCAGUGCUUCAAAUCACCUCCUUCCUACAGACAUCUCCAAUGUUUGCUUUUUUCAACCUUUUCCACUGCAGGAACUUGUUGGCUGUUAUGGAGCCUGAACCUUUCUGCAUGUUUGGACCACAAGAACCAGUUUCACUGCUAUUUUUGGUGGACAGAAAAGUAAAACUCCAGGUCAGACACUUCUGAGCUGUUACUAUGUUGAGCUCAGUGCUGAUUGGUUUAACUUAGAGAGGUUUUUGCUCUCUUAACGUUCCUAUUAGAUAGCGAUCAUCUCUCAAACACAAAGGCUAACAAAACAAACCCUCCAUUGUUCUAUUUCGUACAAUCUCAGAAAUGGAGUUGCGUCGUCCUUUUAGCGUCCUUUGACUGAGCGUGGAGGUUAAAUCUGUCGAAUCCUUCACCGGUUCAAAGGGCUGCUUACCAAAACACUUGCACCUAAACUAAAAAAUGAUAUAUAUUCACGUUCUGUUUUUUCUUUCCUGGGUAGAAGCUAGCUUUGGCUGCUGCAGGUGUCGGGUCAUAUUUAAGCCUAUAGGUGUUGGUAACUCACUGAACAGUAAAUCUACAUGACAGCAGACUGGGGUUCAACAAACAGACUACUUCAGAGCAACUCUGCAUAAAUCUGAGCUGUAGGAGCACCAAUGAAGCCCAACCAGUGAUGGAGAUCAUCGGUUCUCCAUCACUGCUGCAGUCCACUGAGUCUGCUGGAAAGUUUCCGUUAGGAAGUUCUGCUCUGUUCUGCUUUCAGUUCUUCAAGUUCUAACAGCAUUUUCUGUCUUUUGUUUUGUUUGUUUUUGGGGUCGGAGGUUGAAACUUGAAGCCAAAUUUAAAUUUUUAAUUUUUUUCCACUUUCUGAGGGGUGGGGGGCACAGAAAAUGGGGUCAAAGUGCCUCAGAUGUAACUAACACCACAGUUUGUGCGUGUGUGCGCAGACAACCACAUCUGAUCAACACACACAAACACACACCUGGCUGAUGGAACUGUUUAAGGCCCGUUGGUAUUAGGAGCUUUACCAGCUUCUUCCAGAGCUUUCAGUUGCUGCUCAUUGCCUUCUUCACCCAGUGGAGGCAGUUCAGGGCCACGACUGAUGACUAUUUUCAUGAGUAGCCAUUGAAUUUAAUCAAGAAAAAGUCACUCCAGGAUCUGACCCAAUGUCUUGUUUUUACUAAGCAGUGAACAGCAGGAGAUCCUAGCCUUUGAAAAGCAGCCGAUGAAGCCAGUGAGAUGGAGGUUAAAAGCUCCAGAAGUGACUGAUAAAUGGAGUUUGAGUUGUGGCUUCAGCUCUCACAUUAACAUCCUGAAACAUCUCAAUGGAUCGAAAUUUUAUUUCAUGUUGGUUCAGUACUCCAUGGAAUAUCUCAAAAACCACUGAGCGAAUUCUGUAAAAUAAAAAAAAAAACAUUAAAAACAGUCUAGUAUUUCCUGUUGUCAUCUAAGACGCCAGUGUUAGCAUGGGAGCUACACUCUUCCAGCUACGUUAACUGGCAGCAUGAAGGACAGCUGAGACUCCUAAUAUAAAUCCUCUGAUUUUAGUCAAUAUUUUAACAUUCAGUCACAGUGGGACACCAGCUCUGUUUUCAGUAACCUCAUGUCAUCUUAAAAAGAGGUUUCUGUUGUAAAGUGGCUGUGAUUCUGAGGAUAACGCUGCUUAGCGUCACAUUGGUGUUUAAAUAACUCAACACCCAGGUUGUAACUGCAGCUGAGAAAUGUCAGUGAAAGCUCUGAUUUAACCACCUUGGCACUUCAUUUUUGGAAAAUGUGCCAAAACAUUCAGUAUAAGCACCAUUCACUCACUAAAAUCUGUCCUUCAUGAUUAAACCCAAACUGGACGGGUAUGGUGCUACAGCUCUGGAACUGUUUGAUGACGUGAAUGUUGGAAAGUCAUAAACUCUGUCACUUGUGUUAAAGAUGAAACUACUUUAUCCACAGUUUUCAGAAAGCUUCACAGGGUUUACGUCUAGUACAGCGUCACACUGAGGAGCUGUUUGGUUUUCUUAUUUCAAUAUGAAAAGUCUCAAACAGAAGAACAUUGUCCAAACUUUAACGGAAAAUGUAUUGUGAGACCAACAUUGGGCCUCUGCAGAAUAUCUGUGUGUUUGUGUGUUGUUGAGGGGAGGGUUGUGUGUCUGUUCACACUCUGGACUUUCUGAGCAGCGCUCGUCAUCGUCCGUGUACUCUGUUUCGUCUCUGUGUUUUAAAAAAAAAAAAAAAAACGAACAAAUAUUCCUGAUGUUUAAAGAGAAAAACACUACAGUACAGAGAGAAUUGUAAAAUAAAAUGUUAUUGAAUGAUGUGCUACUAGACUUAUUUUGUUAAAAUAGUUUAGAGAAUUGAGGGGACUGUAGAGGAUAUGAUGAUGCAGAUGUAUUGAAUAUGCAGAGCGAUGUUUGGAUUAAAGUUGUAGCAAGCUGACCCACCAAA